UAUCGACGCUUCAAGGAAGAUAUCGGUCUAAGAAGCUCGCUUCUAUCCGAGCUCAAAUCCGCUGAUGACAUCACCAAUUUCGAUGAUAUACUAGAUGAAUGGCGUAAAGACUAUCACCCCCUUACAUUGGACCAAGUGUUAGGACCUCCUAUUGGCCGGAAGUCUGAGGAUUCGUCGUUCUUCAAGAACCCGUCAAAGACCCAAUCGUUUUCAAGCCAAGGACAACCGCAGAAGGCAAAAAAUGAGACCAAGCCAUGUCGUUACUUCAACCGUACCGGUAACUGCAAGCAUGGUGACAAAUGCAAGUAUUCCCAUAGUCCCAAAGAUGACUGUCAACCUACCGAGUCCAAGAAGCUCGUCAAAGCCGAAGAUAAUGCCAGUGAACGUCAAACCAUCUCGUGGAGUCUGUCGUGA